AUGAACGGCGCAAUUAACGGCGCCAUGCCGCCUCCCCCGCACAUCCUCACAUCCCCUCCAGGCUUCUUACCGCCUCCGCCCCCCGGCUUCUUCCCCCCCGGCACUUUCUUCGCGCCAGGCGUCUUCCCCCACAGCUUCUCCGCCACCUCUUCCAGCUUCCGCCCGCCUGCUCCCCCCGGGGUGGCGCCUCCGGGAGGCGUUUCCGCUGCCCUGCUCUCCCCCCAGGGCGCAGGACCUCCGGGGAAUCUGGGCGCGGGUGGCGGCAGUGGCGGCGGCGGCGGAGCUGGUGGUGGAAACGGGGGCGGCGGAGCAGCGGGCGCGGCUGUCCCGCAAGGAGGGUUCUGGGGGCAGCUGGUGAGUCCGGCAGGGGACGGCAGCAUGGGGCAGGACGGCUUUCCCACCCCGGGGAACAUACCAGGGGGGAUGCCUUUCCCAGGUAGUGCAUUCGGCGGGCAGGCCAGCACGAAUGGAGGGAGCUUGGCAGGUGUUACGACUGGUGGUGGUGGGGGCGGUAUAAGUAGCAGUGCAUUGGAGCAGAAGCUGGACGAGGUGAUUCGAGUGUGUCGCCUCGGCAAGUUCAACGUGCCGUCACUGCGGCAGGUACAAUGCAUGCUCAGCUUGAGGUGGCUGUGA